AUGGGCGAGAUUCCCGAGACGAGCGACGCAAAUGUAGCGCCAACGGGAAGCGCCGACGACUUCGCCACCAUUGCGGAAAAAGGUACCAGAAGAAGUGCGGAUAACCUCAACAUGGGAAUGAAGUUGACGUAUUGUCUGCACAGCAGUCCAGACUUUCUUGGUGAAAGGAAUAUUACCGUAGAGACGGGAUUUAGGCUGAUUCCAGUUUUGGGCAAAAGCGUCAUGGAGAAGUGCGACAGGGUCGAGACUACAAUAAAGAGGUACUUGGGCAUUGUUGGCACGAGCGAAGAGACCGACGUCGACUGGGUCAAAAGGCUGGACGACAUGUUAAUGAAAUAAAU